AUGGCAUUGAGCUCCAUUGGGGAUCUAUGGAACCAAUGGAAUAUUCGUGGCUUUGUCAUUCUGAGUCUCUUUGUUCAAAUCGUUCUCGUUCUAUUUGGACCCUUUAGAAAGAAAACAACAAACCACCACAUCAUUUUCCUCUUGUGGUUGGCCUAUUUGAUGGCUGACUCGGUAGCUAUAUACACGAUCGGGCUCAUCUCUCAUAACCAAGGCUACUCUUCUACUCAUAUGGCUAAAGUAGACGGAGCACUUCAAGCAUUUUGGGUUUCAUUUCUCUUGUUGCAUCUUGGCGGUCCAGAUACCAUCACCGCAUUCUCUAUGGAGGACAGUUUGCUUUGGCAACGUCACCUACUCAAUCUCAUCUUCCAAAUCAGUGCCACCAUCUAUGUCUUUGCACAAAUAUUUCCCACCAACAAGUCGCUUGUACUCCCAACAAUGCUGGUCUUUCUUGCCGGGGUCAUAAAAAAUGCGGAGAGGAUACUAGCCCUUUAUUUCUCGAGCCUCCCAAGGCUUAGGGAAUGGGCACUCUCUCAGACGUCCUCUUCUAAAGGUACGUCCUCUUCUGAAGGUGCGUACAAGAAUUUGGUUCAAGAACUCAAUGUUCAACUAGGUGGAAAUUCUAAUAAAGAAGCAACGCUUGCCGAGAGUAUAGUGGUGAAACAUGCCGACUGCUUCCUUCAGAUCUUAAAGGUCUUCCUCGCAGAUUUCAUCUUCAAAAGACAAGAACGUGAAAUAAGCCGCGAAUAUUUCUGCAAAGUUUCUGCGAUGGACGCAUUGAGGGUGUUAUCAGUUGAACUCCAUUUCAUUUACGAGGUACUCCACACAAAAGCAUUUGCCAUACAUUCCAAUUGGGGCUACAUUUUCCGUCUCAUAGCCUUCACCAAUGUGGUGAUCGCUUUUGUCCUAUUCAAUCGUGUGAAGAAGCAUCGGCUCAAGGAACCUGAUGUGGAAAUUACUUAUUUGCUUCUUUUUGGAGGAAUUGCUCUUGAUGCGAUAGCUCUAUUUAUGCUCGUUUUCUCUGAUUGGAUGGUCGUCAAAAUCAAGCGCUGCAACACAAGAUCAUCCAAACUAGAUUCACUUCUCCACAAGUUGGUAUCUACCACAGAUUACCUGAGGAAGCCUCGAUUCACCCCAUGUGAAGCAAAGCCUAAUGCCAACAGUACUUACACUGUCUUAGAUACACCAUUAAUAUUUCAAAGGUGGUCAGAAUCCAUUUCUGCUUGCAAUCUUUUAUCCGAGGUGGUGAAGGGGAGUCCUAGAAAGAUCUACAAGCGCAGAUGUUGGGGCAUCGUCACUUUUUCUAAAAUCUGCAAGUUUUCAUCAUGUAUGGCUCAGAAAAUUAUCUUCUGUUUCCUUCAAGCUAGUGGCACAAUUGCGAGAGGCCGUUGUCUGAGGUACAUAGCAAAGAAGUUUUCCAAGAAACCAUUAUUAGUAGUACCUGCAAAUGUGAAGUAUGUGUCCAAGAAUCCCUUUAUUAAAGAGUUAUGGAUCUUUAUCUUUACGGAGGUGAAACGUAAAUCUGAGAAUGCGAAUAAUCAAGAAGAGGUGAAGAAGAUAUUUGAGGCUAGAGGUGAUCGAUUUAUUCGGAGUAGACCAAGAGGGAUUUCUUGUGGCAGUCUUGCAAAGCAUGUCACUGAUGCUACUUACGAUAGUAGUAUUAUAAGGUGGCAUGUUGCCACUGAAAUUUGGUACAACAAAGAGAGUUCCACAACCCAACAUGACAAAAGGGAGUUCAGCAAAAUUCUCUCCGACUAUAUGUUGUAUCUUCUAUUUAAUCAGCCUAAUGUGAUGUCUGAUGUGGCGGGCAUUGCCAAAAUCACAUCAAACCAUGUGCUAACCCAGUUAGGUGUCUUCUGCAAAUUAGAUGAGAUGAAGGCGAAGCAGCUAUGUGAGGAAUGUUUUACCAAGGUUCCAAAACUCCACCAAAGAACUGAGCUCCAGGAGGCCGUCCAUUUGGCCCAAGAGAUCGAAAAGCUAAGGGAUGGUAAGUGGGAGGUGAUAAGCGGAGUGUGGGUGGAGAUGCUAUCAUAUGCAGCGAGUCAUAUUAAGGGAGAGGCCCACAUACAAGUGCUGAGCAAAGGUGGAGAGCUUCUAGCCUUUGUUUGGCUGUUGAUGGCGCAUUUCGGUUGUUUCUACAAACCAGUAUGGGGCAUGUGUUAUGAACCCUCGGAUGAGGAAGGUGAGUUAAAACAGACUGUGUAA